CAAUCAUAACUGAUAUAGCUCUUCACCAGGGCGAGGAUAUAAAUGCGCUGAGAGUAGGAAAACCUCGGCUCUCGGAACAGCCUCACCACUCAAUGGCCAAGAACCGAACUUCAGCUUCAUUAAUCUGUAUCCAGUCAUGAAGUCUCCAGGCGUAGCGCUGCCUCUUAUAGCCACUUUGGCUCUCUUUGCCGAAGCGAAACCACUACAUCAGCCUUCAAUCACCUUCAAUUCCUUUGAAGAACUUCGUCCUGGAAGUGCUCAAAACAUUCAUGUGGAGUACUUUGGUGAUGUUGACGGCGAGCUCACAAUCACCUAUGGCUCGUGUGAUCAUACUGCUCCAUCAAUUGCUUUGGCAAAGCAAUUUGUCGGUGUCACCCAUGUCGGCAGUCAUCCGCUGGCCACUAGACAUGAAUCACACGAAAAGAGACGGCCAAAAAGAUUUGUCUGGCUAACCCCGGCAGAGAUGUCAGGCGGCUGUCUACAUGCCUUCCUAGACGGUGAGCUUAUUGGCAGGUCUGAAAAGCUUAAUGUGUCGAAGCGUUUGACCCGCCGACAUGAAAAGAAGUCAUUUGUGGAUGUGGCGGGGACUGACAGUCUUUGGUUUGAUGGCGUGGCAUACCUGCAGCAGAAGCAGCCCGAUGAAGCAUUUGUUGCAUCGGCGAAGUCAAAGUCAUUUGGUAUAUUGGGCGGUGGCAUUUCCGGUUUGAUGACUUCUUUGCUCCUAGAUUCUGUCGGCAUUCACAACUGGAAGAUCAUCGAAUCAAGCGAACGCGUCGGUGGCCGCAUUCGCACUGUAUAUUUGAACGGCACAUCUCCGGAAGAAGGUCAAUACCAUGAGCUCGGACCGAUGCGUUACCCAUAUGAGAUCACUGACUCGGAGACAAAUGAGACAUUCCCCUUCAAUGAUCAGCGUAUCCUUUUUCAACUUGCCGACGUUCUCAAUGAGCUCAAUGCUGGAGAUGAAGAACACCAGGUCGAGUUUUGGGACUGGAUUCAGUCAUCUCCUAACACUCCAGUCGACACGCCAUUUCGCCGUCCGGAUGGAACAAUUCCUGGCAAGACUGAAGUGGCUAAGGACCCUGCCUACUAUAACCCGACCGUUUACUCAAAUGAGACUGCAGCCGAGGAAGCUAUCAAAGCUCUUGAAGACUUCAAAGGUCUUGACGCGGAAAGAAUAAAGCUCUAUGCUACCAACAUCUUCAAAGCAUACAAACAAGCAAAAGACGACGGCAUGUUUGAUUACUCAGAAGUUGCAUAUCUCCGCAAUGUGCUGAAGUUCGAUCUCAAUACCACAGACGAGGUCACACCGUCUCAGAAUUAUUGGCCAAUGUGGGAAUAUGAGACCGUCUACUUUCUUGCUACCAAAUGGAAGACCAUCAAAGGCGGUCUUGAUAGAAUGCCUCAAGCUUUCAAGCCUCUCAUUGGUGACCGCAUCCUAUAUGGCGCGAAAGUCAACGGCUUGGAAUACAACGAAGAGAACAACACUGUCUCUGUUACCUGGAAACCUACUGGAGCUGAGCCCUUCAACACACCUGAUAGCGUUGAGACAUUUGACUAUGUACUCAACAGUGUACCUCUCAAUUUACUCAAAUUUUGGAAGUUGCCAAAGUACUCGAGCUUACUGAAGCGCGCGAUCGGUCGAACAUUAUACGCCAAUGCGGCCAAAACAGCGAUCCAGUUCAAGAAGCGCUUCUGGGAACACCUUGAACGACCCAUUUUGGGUGGCUGCACCCGACUCACUAAUCCUCAGCUUGGCCAAGUGUGCUAUCCAGGAUGGCACCUUAAUGCGACCGGCCCGGGAGUGAUGCUCGCAUCCUAUCUUUCCGACUACGAAGCCACGGUUGCAUGCGCUAUGCCAGAAGCAGAGCACAUUGCGUAUAUCAAGCGUGCACUGAUUGAGAUGCAUGGCAAAGAAGUUAUUGAAGAGAAUUGGACUGGCAACUACGCACGUCACUGCUGGGAGCAGGAUGAGCAUCAUGCCGGCGCCUUCACGAUGCAGAUCUUUGCACAGCAAGACUUGUACCUGCCCGCGUUUUACCAAACCGAGUUCAAUACUGUCUUCAUUGGUGAGGCCGCGACAUUCACUCACACGUGGAUGUUCAGUGCCCUUGAGUCUGCGAUCAGAGGCACUGUCCAGCUACUGUUGGACAUGGGACUUGUUGAUGAGGCUAAGCAAAUUACGAACACUUGGAUGGCGCGUUUCAUAUCAAUGUAAGCUUCCAAUUGGCUAGAAAGGAAGAUUUCUCGAUGUACUCGUAGAGG